ACCUGAGGACUCUGUCUGCGGCUGUCUGAACCUAACCUGAAUUCCCAACGUUCUCCAAGGGUCGAGAUCCGCUUAGAAUUAAUUCUUAGAAUUCUUGACUCUUGAACGUAGUUUCGCAGAAUUAUGAACGAGAAAUAAUUUUAUAUUGUAAUAGACACUGUAUACAUUUGAAGUGCUGUAUAAAGUGUAUAUAAUUUCUGUAAUGUAAAACGUAAUUCGAAAGUAACCUAGCCUGGCAGUCCCCGUAUAUAAUCUCAGGCAGAUAUGAAUACGCGAAUUUUUCGCAGAAUAUUAACGGAUUUUACGAUUGGCAGAAGAAAACUACACACGACCGCGGGCUUGUCAAAUUUUUAUGAGUCUAAUCGAAAAUCGGGUUACAAGACAAUAUACGAUAGACCACCGCCGGAGCAAAAUUUGAGUAUCCUCGGUAGAAUAUGCGAGGGAUACCGGCAGUUCAGGGAGGAGUUCGGCAUCCUGAUGGAGGAGGUGAGGGAACGACUUAGAAUGGAUCCCAUUGUUAUAUACAGGCAGGACGAGGUCGACGCCGUGUGGCGAUUUAAGGGCAAUCCGAAGGCACUGGAUCAGUGGGUCAUCACGUGCGACAGCGAUUACAACGAGGGCUAUUCGACGGUCAAAUUGGAGCUGUCCUCCACCGGCACCGGAGUGUUCUCCGGCACGUUGAGCACCCGUUUGCCCAAGGACGGCAGGAUCAAGUACGCCGGCUACUGCAACAUGAACAGCAUACCGAAACGCAAGUCCUUCAAGCGCGAGGUUUACUACGACUGGACGCCGUACACCCACAUCGUCCUUCGUGUCCGAGGGGACGGCAGAUGCUACGUGCUGAACAUCGCCACCAGGGGCAUCUUCGACCUGACCUGGAACGACGUGUAUCACUACGUGCUCUACACCAGGGGCGGCCCGUACUGGCAGUACGUCAGAAUACCGUUCUCCAAGUUUGUAUUCUCGAGCAAGGGCAGGCUGCAGGACAGACAGGCGCCAGUCGAGCUGAACGAGGUUUCGAAUUUCGGUAUAUCGCUGGCGGACGACGUUUCCGGCCACUUCAGACUAGAAAUCGAUUACAUCGGAUUGGAGCGCGACGAAUUCCACACGGAGGAGUUCGCUUAUGAAAGUUACAAUGUUGCUGACAUCAGAUUUUAGUAUGUAUAUAUACAUAUUAAAUAUGGUAAAAAGAAAAAUGUGUAAUUUUACUGUCUGUGCAGAGGUGAAAUUAUAGUAGGAAAGAAAGGAAUAUACAUUGUACAGUGUGAAUAAUAAAUUUGUAUCUAAUUUAAUUUAUUCAGUAAAAUGAAUGAAAAACGAGCUUGUUUACCAUCACAUUUAUUUACUUGUGAAAGAAAGUCAUAGGAUAUUAA